AUGCUUGAUAAGCUAACUCGGACAGGCAUACCGAAAAAACGGCACUCUUUAAUACGGUAUCUAACGUUAGUCCGCUCCGCUACCCCGCCUUUUGUCAAAGGCGUCCAGCUAUUGACUCAUUUACGACGCUGCCUGUGGUAUCAUCAAGAUGCUCUCGCGCUUCUCCCGUACUGUCUACCUUUCUUGUACUCUUCGAAUAGCUCGAAUUUCCCCACCAGCAACAGCCUUACUUUCCAAAGCAGAUAUUCAAGAGUCAUCUCAACAUCUCCAGACCUAAUACCCAAUAAUAUUAAGGAUAAGUCACAACAUGCGGCAGAGGCAACGCAGCUAUCAGAUAAUGACUACGGAGAACUGGUGGAACUGUAUUUCGAGGCAGUAGUACAAUAUUCAGAGAUAGCGCAAGAAGAGGGAUCUACCAUUGCAGUGGAAUUUGCCGUAAGGUCCUAUCUUCAAUACUUGAGAAAGACAUACCUUCUCAUUCAAAAUUAA